UUUUUUUCGCACUCGGUUUUCGCAGAGUUCUUCCCCGCGAUGCCACCUGACAAAACAGUUUUAUUAAAUUUACGCGACUCGGUGAGCAGAAUCGUCGAAAAUCUCGGCUUUUCUAGCAUCGAUGAGGUGGCACACGCGAAACUAGUGGGAUUACUCGCAAAUGGGCUGGAUUCGAUGAGCCAAACGUGUCGAGGAUUGCUGGAAAAUUCUGGCAGAACUGCAAUUAGCUUGAACACAGUCGAUUUAAAGCAUGCUUUUCGUAUUCAUCGCGUCGAUUUGCCCGGUUUAGUUGAUUAUACACGACAAGUUAGACCGUUUCCGCCGAUGAACUCGGAGAUCCACGGGGAAGAGUAUUUCGGCGAAAAAUCGAAGGAAAAUGUGCCGGAAAUCUUGGGAAUUGAGAAGAAACCACGGAGAAAACGUCCAGCACGUCUGGUUGAAUUCCCAGUUUUCGACGACGUUCAGGACACAGAUCUCGGCUUCUUCUUCGACCAACCUCCACCUACACCGAUUCCCACACCAGUUCCGAUUCUCGAACCUCCACCACCACCGCCACCAGUGCCACCUCUUUCUCCACUCUACAAAGUUCUGGAAAUCCCAGCAACACCUUCACCGAUUUUUGUAGCUCCUCUGCCGCCACCGCCUGCCUACACAACGCCUGAUGUGCCGCCUGAGCCAAUGUGCUCACUGAGAAUCAACUUUGGAAAUUCGCUGAAAAUCCCGCCGCGAAAAAUCAUCGAAAAACCGGUGGAAAAAGCUCCACCGAAAGCGAAAAUGACGAGAAAACGAAUGAUGCGAGCGAAACACGAGAAGCGACUUCGCGAAGAGCAAAUUGCGCUGGAAGAGAGCAAAAAAGAGCAGAUCUACGAGAGGAAAAAGCAACGGAAAGAGAAAUUGAAGAAAGAGCUCGACCGGCGGCCAAAUGACGGAGUUUUACAACUGGAAACCGAAGAUUUUGACUGGAAACCUCGUCGGAAACGACGGAAGGAGCUGGAAAAAGAACGAGAAGCUGAGGAGGCUGCGGAGAAAAGAAAAAAGGAAAAAGAACAAUUGCCGAGUUUGAAGUUCAAAUUUGGCAAGGAUGUUGUCGAUAUGAUACAGAAGAAAGAACUCCCUCUUCCGCCGCACAAAGCUCCAGCCACUGACGAAAAUGCUAAUAAAUUGGAGGCGAUUCCUCCCAGCGCGACGAAACCUGGAAAACUCACGGAGAACGGCAAAUAUCGAGAUAAUAAAGGACGGUUGCAGCCACUUUUGAAAAUGAAUAUUCAAUUUAAACGGGUUGACGGUGGAAUGCUCAUUCACUGCGUUCGAACAACCAAGCACAACUUGGUAAGAGGCUUGUGGCAGUCUACAGUAUCAAAAUGCAUUUCUAAAUCAGGAGUUUUCUCAAAAACAGAAUUCCCACGAAAACCCGAAAAGUUCAAGCUUCCGCCACCAUCACCGAUUCCCAAAUUACGACUCAGAAGAAAUCCCGAUAAUACAUACUCGAAAAUUUGAAAAAAAAACCAACCAAAUCUCAAAACUCUCACUUUUUAGGAAAACUUUUCUCUCUCUCUCUCUCUCAAAUUACCGGUUUUUUUUGCUUUCCAACUGCGAUGUGCUAUGUGCUAUUUUUCCAGAAUUAGGUCUCUUUUUAAUAUUUAUUUCAAUUUUUUACGAAAAAUUUUAAUGAAUCCAGCAAUUAAAAAAAA